GCGGUUCCAUCGGUUACUUGAGUAACCCGCCUCUCCGCCCACUGCUGAUUAGAUAAGGCUCCGGAGAGCCGGAGAACUCCGGACUCUCCCACGGCCCUAAAAAAUACACUUUGUGUUCGUUCAGUGCAAAGGCGAUAGCUAGUUCGAUUGGUAAUUGCUGGCGAAAACAGAAAGGAAUUGGUUGGAAAAUGUUGACCGAGUUCGCUGGCAAUCUUUCGCAUCCGCUGGAGUUCGGACAUGUUCUAGAGAUCGUGGCCAAGACCAUCGAUGGAGCAUCCAGGUUCCACAUCAACCUCUGCACGGCAAAGUGCACGGUGGAUCCGAACGCGGACAUUGGGCUACGCUUCUCGUGCUAUUUCCGCAACGAUGUGAUCGUAAGGAACACCCGGGUGAUGGGCGCCUGGGGCGAGGAGGAGACCCAUGUCCCGGACCCCAACACUCUGCCCAAUCCCAUCGUCAGUGGCGAGUUUUUCCUGGUGUACAUCUUGUGCUUAGAGGAUAGCUUCGCCAUCUCCAUAAACAGCCGGGAAUACUGCAGGUUCCGCUACCGGAUGCCGUUGGGAGCGCUUCGUGCAGUGGAGAUUCGUGACCAGAUCCAGGUGAUCAAGCAGGUUGAUCACCGCACUGUGUUUCCCAAUCCCUGGCCUGCCAUCCACGCCUCGGACUAUUUUAAGGCGUUUAGCAACGACCAGCCCAUUUUGUUUAGUCCUGGCCAUGUGAUCGUCCUUACAGCUCGCUGCUUCGAAAACAAGAAGGGCCAGUUCAUCCUCAAGUUCAUGGACUCGGACACCAAGCGCGAGGAGCUCCAUUUCAGUGUGCGCUUCGACGAGAAGGCGGUAGUGCGCAAUUCCAUGAACAAGAACUUUGAUUUCGGAAACGAGGAACGCCACGGCGGUUUUCCAUUCGUCUUCAAUCAGCAGUUUAAAUUGGCGCUCGCCUUUACGGAUCGGGAAGUCCUCACCGCCGUGGAUGGUUACAACUUCUUCAGCUACGCCUGGCGCACAUCGAAUGCCAUGAUGAAUCUAGUGGGUUUCAAGGUGACCACCAUAAAUGGCCUGGUGGUGCAGAUAACCGGUGUGGAUCACCUGCAGACGGGAGACCCCACUUGCGCUGGCUUCGAGAAGUAUUCCCGCCAUGAUUACGAGUGUGUCUAGUAACCAUUUAACCAAACUAACUAAGUCUGAAAAUACUUGUGCUAUCUUAAACAUUAAAAGCUUAAACUCA